CCUGGAAAUGGCCUUGCCACACCAGAAGCAGGUUAAUUUCGCCGACUUCGACGAUGGGUACUCGUCCUAUACGCCACAAAAAUACGACCCAUACGAGUCGCAUUUCCAGUCAAGAGGUGAUGCAACAUCCAUUGCACCCUCUCACGCGACAUCUGGCUUCCUUGCCCACGACAGUCCCAGGAGGGCAAACACUCUCGGCGAAACAGAAGCGCAGGAGCUGGCUAAUUCAUACCAGACGAGAGCUUCGCAGAAUUCGACGUCGACAACGCUCAAUGAGGGGCUGGAUAGGCGGCCAUCAGGAGCCAGCAAGCUCCACUCGACUUAUGGGCCUUCUGGAAAGGAUCCACUGGUCGACGACGAAUAUACUCCCUACUCAGAUCAUCCCAAAGGCUUCCGGACGAGUGAUGAUGACCCUCUCGUCCACAAUGCAGCUGACAUGGGCAAGGCAGACGGAUCGCGAGGCAUGGGUGACCUUGAAUACCAAGACCCCUACAGUAAAGAUGGUACUCUGGGACCUCAACCUGCUAAAGAAUCUGCUAUUUCACGCUUCCUUGGUGGAAAGUAUCCCUUGGAGCAGCGCAUAGAGAACAAGCGCCGCGGUAUUGGGCGCCAGCGUUACCCUUUCCUUGUCUGGAUUCUGACCAUCAUUAUGUGUGCCGUCUUCAUCUACGAGCUUGCCAAGAACGGUCAAGAGCAAGGGACUCCGGUGUCGUUCAAGCCUGUUGUCAACUAUAUGCUUGGUCCCUCGGAGUCAGCUUUGAUUUUUGUCGGCGCCCGGUUUCCACCUUGCAUGAAGAAUGUCCCUGAUGUCCCGGUGUCACUUACACUUCCCUGUAUGAAUGACACUGCCAACCCACCGGAUCGUUCUUGUCCCAUCUCCGAACUCUGUGGCUUUGGAGGCAUUCCUUCUGGCGAGACGCCAAACCAAUGGUUCCGAUUCAUCACGCCAAUUUUCCUGCAUGCUGGGUUCAUUCACAUCAUUCUCAACAUGCUGGCACAAUUGUACGUGUCGGCACAACUAGAGCGUGAAAUGGGUACUGGUGGUUUCUUCCUUGUUUAUUUUGCUGCUGGAAUUUUCGGGAACAUCCUUGGCGGUAACUUCUCGCUCGUUGGCGUGCCUUCCGUUGGAGCUAGUGGGGCUAUUUUUGGGACAGUCGCGGUCAGCUGGGUAGAUUUAUUUGCCCACUGGAAAUAUCACUAUCGGCCGUCGACUAGGCUUAUCUAUAUGAUAAUUGAACUGAUCCUCGGCAUUGGCAUGGGUUUCAUUCCCUACGUUGAUAACUUUGCACAUCUAGGAGGAUUCUUGAUGGGCCUGCUAGUUGGCAUGAUAUUCUAUCCCGUAAUCAGUGAAACUAGGCGACAUAAUAUGAUCACUUGGGGAUUCCGCAUUGCUGCCGUUCCGCUCGUCAUUGUCUUGUUUGUCGUGCUGACCCGGAACUUCUAUACGACUGAUCCGUCUGCAUCUUGCGGCUGGUGUCGAUACCUUUCGUGCAUCCCAACAAAUGCAAACAACCAUUGCAAAGGCACUGGUAUUACGACGACGACCACAACGACGACGACAGGUUCCAGCUCGUUGCGCAUGCUGUUAUUGUAAUCACUCCUUCAUCUUUUUUUUUUUCAAAUUUCAAAGGACUUUCCUUCCUUGGACUUAAUACACCACUUCGCUGCACCUUUGUUACUGUUACUGCUAUGCUACAUAUUCAUGGAGAACGGACUUUAACUAACAACUAUUGUGUUCCAUUCAUUACAUACAUUUCUUUUUUGUAUUUGUUCCAUUGUUUAGUUUGACAUGCAUAUCUCAUUACGUCUGAGGGUACUAGAUGAGCGUUAACGCCACUGGUUCUCUGUUGUUAAUAAUAUAUUUUUAUUGGGCCAUAUAGGCAUCAUUUCCUGUUACUUGCCCAUAAGCCCCCACACACACAGCGCGUCUGCCAAGUCCUUUCCCAUGCUGUCCAUCGACGUAAAUAAUCCAGGGUUAUCUUGUUACCUACUUUAGCUUUCUCUUCAUCAAUUUCCGACUUUCCACCGCAUCGCAGACAGCGGAGCUGUCGGCCUUGACCAGUCAAAUAGCCCUUUGUAAUAAUGUUCCGUUCGUGCACCUUUCCGGACUGGCUUACUGACAGCCCAACCAUUCCGUCCACGAGAUCCGCAGGCUUGAUGAACAGCUGUAGCUUGUCGACUACAUGUGCUUGCAUUAACUUUUGAACGAUCUUUCGCAGUAGUGGAAUGUGCUGUGGUGUAGGCUUCAAUAAUGCUAAACCUCGCCUCGCGAUUUCCGGGGAUUGUUCUUUAAACACGUGUACCUCUGGCUUGACCUCUCCCAGAACUCUGUCAAGUGCCUCAAGGUCGACAGGAGACGAGUCCACAGAGUCGAAGAGAAUCUCCCUCGCCACUUGAUGCUUCUCUUCUCCCUUCGUGCUUCUAUUCGAGUCUAGAAAUCCACGAAAACGUCGGACAUGCACGACGAAUGAACGAAGUGCGUCCAGUGCAUACGGAUGGACAAGAUGAAGUAAUGAGCUGGCCAAAUGGAGGGAAUCAAGUGAUGUGUCUUCUUUAUUGCCAUCGGCAGAGGAUCCGAAAUUUUCUGUUGAGGAAAUCUCGCUUGCAAAUUGAACACAUUCCUUAAGCAGAUUCUCUAAGAACUCCUCUACGAAGUAUCCACAGAGGGAAAUUAGGUCCCAGAUGGAAGCUGGGUCGUACACCCCAUGGUCAAAGGAAUCUUCCCAGAUAAUGUUACAUGCUGCCAGAGACAGAAUUUCCAGGCCGGUUUGGUAACGAGAUCUAAGGUCUUCUGUAUCGGCAUCCGGUUCUGCUAAACUGCUCCUUCUCCGAUAGAUAUCAAUAGCCAUGCCAACUAUUUCGUUCACAGACAUCCUCGUCAUUCCGGUGUUGUUGGCGUCAAAUCCAUGGAGGACGGUUAUCACAGCGUCUUCAACGCUCGAGAUUGGCGUAUUCGGAUUACAUAGACUGUGAAUGAUGUCACCGGGAAAGAAUCGUCUCUGCAAGGCAAUCUCAAUGGAGGCAGCUACUAGCCUCUUUGCACCAUGAGGACCGGUGUCGUGAUUAGAUUGCAAUAUUCUAAGCGGAUGCUGAUGUAUGAAUGUUGAUGCCUUUGCACUCAAGGACAUCUCAGCGGAAAUGGGUAUUGCACAGACGAGAGUGCGGCUUGGCGAAGCAGCAAAGCUAAAAGGUAGUUCAACACCGGUAGAUCCGAUGGGACAAAUGAUGUCGACGGUCUCCCAAUUGUCAUCAAUCUGAAGCUCUGGUAAUCGCAAAAUCUGCAUCUUGCCUGCAGCCAGUAGAUGUUCAGCCUUCCGCUUUCUCAAUUGUCCCUGGUGGGACAAUGUCCCGAUCAAUACACUGGCGGUCAUAGGCGUAAUCGUUGGCUGAUACGAUGAUGAAUGAACGACGACACAACCCGGCAGACUUGUCUGAUUAAUUCGUUUGAAAUACCAUGUCUGCAUAUCGGCUGGGUUUUUUCGUAAAAAGUACAGUAUCACAUCGGAGGUAGGUGUCGAAGUAUAUUGACCGACUUCAAGAGUUGUGCAGAGC